AGGCGACGUGGCGGCAUGACGGCGGCGGGCGACCAAGAAGGCAUGGUCAGCGACGCUGACGAAGACUGCGCACUGCUGGCCUGCUCCACCAGCAAGUCUCAUGAUCCGGAUCCGUGGUCACUACCUGCCGAGCCGGAGCCGAGGCCGUACCCCAAGGCUGUCUUCUUCAUCAUCGGCAACGAGUUCUGCGAGCGGUUUUCCUACUAUGGCAUGCGAACCAUACUUACCUUAUUCCUAAUAAAUGUGCUCAUGUUUGAGGAGCACACGGCCAAGUCGGUGUACCACGGGUUCGUCAUGGCGUGCUAUUUUUCCCCGGUGCUCGGGGCAAUGCUUGCCGAUUCUUAUCUCGGAAAGUUUAGAACGAUCUUCUACAUAUCCAUCGUGUACGCCGUCGGGAACAUCACCCUUGCCGUGUCUGCUGUGCCCGCUCUCGUUGGCCACACCUGGAUUCCCAUGAUUGGCCUAGCGGUCAUCGCUUUUGGAACCGGCGGCAUCAAGCCGUGCGUGUCCGCAUUCGGAGGCGACCAGUUUAUGCCAGGGCAGGAAAGGCAGCUGGAGCAGUUCUUCUCGCUCUUCUACCUGUCUAUCAACGCCGGCAGCCUGCUGUCAACAUUCAUCACACCAAUUCUGCGAGUACAACGCUGCUUGGGACAGAUGUUCUGCUUCCCGCUGGCCUUUGGCGUGCCCGCGGCGCUGAUGGUGCUGGCGCUCGUGCUCUUCAUGGUCGGAAAGCCUCUGUACCGCAUUGUGCCUCCGGCUGGGAACGUCGUCGUUCGUGUGCUGCAAUGCAUAUGGCACGCGCUCUCACGCAAGGUGCGGACCAAGGAAUCCAGGGAGCACUGGCUCGACCAUGCGGACGACGUGUUCGAGAAAUCGCUUAUCGCCGACAUCAAAGACGUGCUGCACGUGCUUGUCCUAUAUGCGCCUUUGCCGGUCUUCUGGGCGCUCUUCGACCAACAGGGCUCACAGUGGACUCUGCAGGCAAAUAAGAUGGAUGGUGAAAUUCUUGGUUACCAGGUGCUCCCGGACCAAAUGCAGCUGGUGAACCCGCUGCUCAUACUUGUGCUGGUGCCUGUUUUCAGCUACGGUGUAUACCCCAUGUUGAACCGCUGCAACCUACUCAACAGGCCCCUGCAGAAGAUCACUGUAGGUGGUGUGGCGGCCGCUGCGGCGUUCGCCGUUGCCGGUUGCCUCGACAUGGCGCUCGAGAGUGGUGCGGAGGCCCCCUCACCGGCCGGCUUCACGAGGGUCGCGUUCGUCAACGCCCUGCCCUGCCCGGUGCAAGUGAGCGGUCCCCAGCUUCAACUGCGACUUGAGCCCGGAAUGGCACUGAGCGAGCCGCAUGUGCCACAAGCAGCUGGACUGCACGUGUUGGCGUUGGCGCCCUGCGACCUUGCCCCAGCGCAGCUCCAAGCGGUCACCUCAGGACAGGUCAUCGUGGUCGAAGAUAAGCAGGCUGUGCGGCCGACCCUGGUACCCAGCACAAAGGCUUCCAAAAGUCACAACGGCCGUCUUCUGGUUGCGUACACGCUCCAGGAGCCGGUUGAGGCCGUGAUGUUCGCGGGCGACUCCGCAGGGAAGACGUACUCAGCGGCUCCUGUGCACACCCAUUCCGCAUCGUCAUUCACUAACGCCACUGGCCUCACCCCGGGCAGGUACGCAAAAUAA